CACUUUGUUUUCAGAAUAAAAGCACCCCUUUCCUUCCCAAUCUCUUCCUCCUUCUGUAAACCCAUUACCCAUUGCUUCAUUCACUCACUCAUGGCUCUUAAGAUCAAUGCAUCUCUUCUACUUUUCCUCCUCCUCCUCAUUCCUUUGAUAUCUUCAGGCAUGGUUGAAGGCAAGGAUGGCAUGAACCCUAAAUACUCACUUCACAAGGAUGAUGGUGGGCGAGUGAAUAUUGCAAGGAAGCUUCUGGUUGAUGAAAAUGCAUUGGUGCUGGAUUAUGAUGAUGCAGGAGCCAACACAAGGCAUGAUCCUCCAAAGAAAAAACCUGGUGGUGGAGGCAAACCUUGAAGAUAUUAAUUAAUAAAUAAUAAGAUAAUAGAAAUCAUUAAUUACUACUUCUCAGUUUCUCUGAUCCAGAGGUUUUGAUCAUGUAUUAGAAGAAUUUCAUUAGUGUUUGCAUAUUUUAAAUGAGAUUAUUCGGUGACAAUAAUAUGGUGAUUCCUCACCAGCUACUACUUGUGGUUGUUGGGGGGUGUAUUAAAGCCUUUCAAUUAUGACUUCUCAUUGUAUUUAAUUAUAUAUGUAAGUUUUCAAUUGGCUAUUGCCAAUGUUAUCAUUUAAGAAUAAAUGAAGUUCUUGAAUAUCGGUGCUUUAUUAUAUUAUUAUUCAUGGAG